CACACACAAAUUUCCUCAUUCUUAAGAACACAUUGUUUCCAUAUCUCUUCUUCCAAGACACCCACGUUUUCUUCAGCACAGUUGAUCAACACAAUUGGUGAUGGACAUGGACUCUGCGAUUGAAGAGUGGUGGAGCAGUGAUGAAUCCCCUCGUACAAGGUCUUCCUUUGCUAACCCCAGUGCUAGUUGUCCAAAGAGGAGAAGAAGGAACCAAGUGGAUUCUGUGAGUUGCUCUGUGGAACGUGAACAUAAUGAAUGGAAGUUCUCUUCCAAAGUUGUGGAUCGUUGUGAUCCAUUUUCUCUAUGCAAUUUAGAGGAAGGGUUAGAUCAUGAGAAGUUUGGAAGCGUUGCAAAAGAAAUAGAGGACCUAAUUGCUCGAAGGAGACUGGUUCUGAACAAACUAUAUGCACAUGAUUUUUCUUCUCCAUGUGGAACUCUAGACGUGGGGAGACACUGCGAUGAAGAUAGUAAUGUAUCCAUUUCUCACGUCAUUGAUUUGGAGGAUGAGCAUCAAGCACAUAAUCUUCCACCAGCUAUGCCCAUUCCUACUAUGGAUAUUUCACCUUCAAUUCCCCUUAUUAUUCUUGAUUCAGACAAUGAAGACUGUGGGAGUGAGAUGUCUAGCUGUCCAUACCAAGGGGAUUUCCCAAAGAAUACUGGUGAUGAGAUUCAUAAAAACGAUACUAUGGAAUGUGAUAAUGCUGGACACCAGACUUUGUUGGGAGGAGAAACUCUGUGUAGCGGAAAUGGAAAAAAGAAAGAUGGUGGUGUUUAUGUUGGUGUAGAGGAUGAGGAAAAUGAGCAACCUGAUGCUGAUGGUGUUGAUGAUAUUUGGAAGGAAAUGUCAUUUGUUAUGGAAUACUCGAAGGAUGCUACAGUGGAUCUUUUGUCUAAAGACUGUGCAAUUAAGGAUGGAAAAGAAGACUGUGACCACGUUUUCAUAUUGAAGGAUGAAAUUGGUACCGUGUGUCGCAUUUGUGGGUAUAUUGAGAAAAGUAUUGAAACAAUCAUUGACCUCCAAUUUGGAAAGGCCACAAGGAGCACUAGAACUUACAGAUAUGAAGAACGGAAAACAGUGGGUCCAAGGUUAACUGAAAUCCAGCCUGAUGGCACCAAAUCAUCAAAGGAGGAUUUCAUGGAAGAAAUAUGUGCUCAUCCAAGGCACAAGAAGCAAAUGAAAGCCCACCAAAUUGAAGGGUUUAAUUUCCUUCUCAGCAAUUUAGUGACAGAUAGUCCAAGUGGGUGCAUUCUGGCACAUGCUCCCGGUUCUGGGAAAACUUUUAUGAUCAUCAGCUUCUUACAGAGUUUCAUGGCCAGAUACCCUCAUGCCAGGCCUUUGGUGGUGCUACCUAAAGGAAUCUUGGCAACGUGGAAGAAAGAAUUUCGGAGGUGGCAAGUGGAGGACCUUGCUCUGUAUGACUUUUACUCUGUAAAAGCAGAAAAUAGAUCUCAGCAAUUGGAGCUUUUGAGGCAUUGGUCAGCAGAAAGAAGCAUAAUGUUUCUAGGAUACCAACAGUUUUCAUCGAUUGUAUGUGACAAUGACACAACUAAUACUGCAGCUGAAUGUCGGAUGAUAUUGUUAACCUGUCCAUCAAUCCUCAUUCUAGAUGAAGGUCACACUCCACGCAACGAGGAGACAAAUACCCUAACUGCACUUGAAAAGGUUCAAACUCCCCGUAAAGUGGUUCUUUCCGGGACCUUAUACCAAAAUAAUGUCAGGGAAGUAUUCAAUAUUUUGAACCUUGUAAAGCCGAAAUUUUUGAAGCUGGAUACUUCUAAAGCUGUUAAAAAACGAAUAUUGAGCAGGGCAUCUAUAUCAGGAAGACAUAACCUUGUAAAGAAUGUUUCAGACAGAGAAUUUUAUGAGCUUGUGGAGUACACUCUUCUUGAAGACAAAAAUCUUUCAAGGAAGGUUACUAUCAUUAAAGAUCUCAGGGAGAUGACUAGUAAAGUUCUUCACUAUUACAAGGGAGACUUCCUUGAAGAACUUCCUGGACUUGUGGACUUCACAGUCCUUCUUAAGCUCCAUCAAAGACAGAAAAGUGAAGUUGCUAAGCUCAAGAAACUGAAACAAAAAUUUAAAGUAAGCUCUGAAGGCAGUGCAAUAUAUGUGCAUCCCAAGUUGAAAUGUCUCUGUGGAUCUAGAGAACGAUUUGAUGAAAAAAAGAUCGAUAUGAUUUUAGAAGAUUUGGAAGAGCAAGAAGGGGUGAAGACUAAGUUUUACCUUAAUCUUCUGCAGCUAUGUGAAUCAAGGGGUGAAAAGCUGCUGGUAUUUAGCCAAUAUCUCUUGCCGAUGAAAUUUUUGGAGAGAUUGACGGUUAAGCUCAAGGGAUAUAGUGUGGGGAAGGAAAUUUUUACGAUCACAGGUGAUGCAGACUCAGGCAUGCGCGAGUCUUCAAUGGAGCAAUUUAACACUUCUGCUGAUGCUCGGGUUUUCUUUGGUUCCAUCCGAGCAUGUGGUGAAGGGAUAUCUCUUGUUGGUGCAUCUCGGGUUCUUGUACUGGAUGUGCAUCCGAAUCCAUCUGUAACACGGCAAGCAAUAGGACGCGCAUUUCGCCCCGGUCAGCAAAGGAAAGUAUACACUUACAGGUUGGUAGCCUCUGGUUCACCUGAGGAAGAAGACCAUUCCACUUGUUUCAGAAAGGAGACAAUUGCAAAAAUGUGGUUUGAGUGGAAUGAGUAUGAUGGUCACUGUGAUUUUCAAAUGGAAGAGGUUGAUGUCAAGACCUGUGGUGAUAUGUUUCUUGAAACACCAUGUUUGAGUGAAGAUGUUCUCUCUCUUUUUAAAAGAUAAAGAUGAAAGUCAUGAAACCUUUUCCAAGGGAAAGAAGCAAUAGAGGUUUUACUGUAACUAUGGUUGCUAUGACAAUAUGCCUUGAUUGUCUCCUUCACAUAGUAGACAGCAGCCUUUGGGCAAGCUUUGUAUAUGAUUAAACAAUCAAUAGAAGUUGAAAAUGAUAU